AUAUUUUUGUUUUUGAUAUCAUCUUCAAUACAACUUUUGGUAGCGGAGCCUCCAGUAAAUUCGUAUUUGCCGCCAUCAAACCAGAGAAAUGGACAAAAUGGUCACGGAAAUGGUAACGGUGGUUUUGGUGGUCCACCUGGCUUAGAAUAUGGUGCUCCAAAUAACCAGGGAAACGGAAAUGGUUACGAUUCAGGAAUCGGAGGAGGAAAUGGUGGACCUCCUAGUUCAUCAUAUGGAGCCCCAUCAAAUGGAAGAAGAAAUAAUGGAAAUGGUAAUCAUGGAGGGGCGCCUUCAUCUACCUACGGAGAACCUGGAAGAGGGCAAAAUGGUAAUGGUAAUGGUAAUGGCAAUGGCAAUGGAGGAGGAAGAGUGCCAGGAGCUACUUACGGAGCUCCUAAUGGCGGUCAAAAUGGUGUCAGUGGACUGUAUGGUGCACCACGAAAUGGUAACGGAGGCAAUGGUUUUCAUGGUAGCUCGAAUGGCUUUAAUGGUGGUACACCAAGUUCAACUUAUGGAUCACCUUCCAAUGGAAAUGGAGGAAAUGGAAGACCUUCUCAAUCCUACGGGCCACCAGGUCAAAAUGGAAACGGUGGGGGAUAUGGAGAAGAAGAACCAGCAAAAUACGAGUUUUCUUAUGAAGUUAAUGAUCCAGAAAGUGGUGCUCAAUUCGGUCACAGUGAAUCAAGGGAUGGUGACGUUGCAACUGGUGAAUAUAAUGUGUUGUUACCAGAUGGUCGAAAACAGAUAGUCACUUAUACGGCAGAUAACGAUGGGUAUAAACCCGAAAUAACUUAC